AUCUGGAGCUCAUUCCUCUGGUUUCUCACCAUUCUCAUUUCAUCCGCAUCUAUACUCUAUUUUUGGUUGGUGAAUCUCUCUCUCACGCUCUUGGCACUCUGCCACCUUCGUUGUUGGAUUAAGAGAGAGAGAACGAGCAAGCAUUUACGUUCAAAGACCCAGAGUAUCCGACUAGAAAGAUAAGAUAAAGAUACCGGAUUUCCUUUCCUUUCCAUCCUCACCCCAUUUCAUUGACGUGGUUUUUUUGAGUACCACAGCAUAACAAAGAUAUAGGUGUCGACUAAAACAAGGUAAGAAAACGGAAAAUGAAGUACGUGUUGGUGACGGGUGGAGUAGUUAGCGGUCUCGGGAAGGGGGUCACCGCCAGUAGCAUUGGUCUGCUUCUCAAGGCCUGUGGACUGCGCGUUACUUCCAUCAAAAUUGAUCCUUACUUGAACACCGAUGCUGGAACAAUGUCCCCUUUUGAGCACGGGGAAGUUUUCGUGUUAGACGAUGGCGGUGAGGUGGACCUGGACCUUGGAAAUUAUGAGCGGUUCCUCGAUAUCAAGCUGACUCGUGAUAAUAAUAUCACUACUGGAAAGAUUUACCAGUCCGUUAUUGAUAAGGAGAGAAGGGGAGAUUAUCUGGGGAAAACUGUGCAGGUUGUCCCUCACAUCACAGAUGCCAUUCAAGAGUGGAUUGAGCGUGUGUCAAUGAUACCAGUCGAUGGGAAGGCAGGUCCAGCUGAUGUUUGUGUCAUAGAAUUGGGUGGAACUAUAGGAGACAUUGAAUCCAUGCCAUUUAUCGAGGCUUUGGGGCAAUUCUCUUACCGUGUAGGGACUGGAAACUUUUGUUUGAUUCACGUCAGCCUUGUGCCCAUUUUAAAUGUUGUUGGUGAACAGAAAACAAAACCAACCCAGCACAGUGUUCGGGGACUAAGAGGCCUGGGUUUGACGCCACAUAUCUUAGCUUGUCGCAGUACAACGGCACUUGACCAGCAUGUAAAAGUGAAACUCUCUCAGUUUUGCCAUGUUGCGGAAGAAAACAUCAUCACUCUCUAUGAUGUACCAAACAUAUGGCACAUUCCUUUGCUUUUAAGAGAUCAGAAGGCCCAUGAAGCAAUCUUGAAAGUGCUGAACCUGCUGGGUGAAGCAAAAGAGCCUGCACUCGAGGAAUGGACUUCUAGGGCUGCAAUCUGUGACAAGUUGCAUGAGCCGGUCCGUAUUGCCAUGGUUGGAAAGUAUACAGGCCUUUCCGAUUCCUACCUCUCUGUACUGAAGGCUCUUUUGCAUGCUUCUGUUUUCCAUCGAAAGAAACUCGUUGUAGAUUGGGUUCCUGCUUCCCACCUUGAAGAAGCAACAGCAAAAGAGAAUCCAGAUGCUUAUAAAGCUGCUUGGAAGUUGUUGAAGGGUGCGCAUGGUGUUCUUGUUCCCGGAGGUUUUGGUGACAGAGGAGUGCAAGGGAAAAUUCUUGCUGCAAAAUAUGCUCGAGAAAAAAGAGUUCCGUUUCUUGGCAUUUGUCUAGGAAUGCAAAUUGCUGUCAUUGAGUUUGCACGAUCUGUUCUUGGUCUGAAAGACGCUAACAGCACUGAAUUUGAUCCCGAUACCAGGAAUCCCUGCGUUAUAUUUAUGCCUGAGGGCUCAAAAACACAUAUGGGGGGCACCAUGCGUCUUGGAUUAAGGAGGACAUAUUUCCAGGAUAUGGACUGCAAAUCUGCAAGACUAUAUGGAAGUAGAAGCUUCAUUGAUGAAAGACAUCGGCAUAGAUACGAGGUCAAUCCUGAUAUGGUAGAACGCCUUGAAAAAGCUGGCCUCUCUUUUGCCGGCAAAGAUGAAACUGGUCAACGCAUGGAGAUUAUCGAGCUACCUAGUCAUCCAUACUUCAUUGGGGUGCAAUUUCAUCCUGAAUUUAAAUCAAGACCAGGAAAUCCUUCUCCUUUAUUUUUAGGACUUAUAGCAGCAUCGGCAGCAUGUGGGGAAUCGGAUGCUGUCCUACAAGGAUAUGGGAGCCAAAGGAUUGUCCCAAAUGGAGUUGGAAAUGAUACCUCAAAACUCAAAGUUUACCAAAAUGGAAGUGCAACUAAGCCCAAGAUUGCAUUGCCUGAUGAGGAUUCCAAUGCGGGCUUACAAGGAUAUGGGAGCCAAAGGAAUGUCCCAAAUGGAGUUGGGAAUGACACCACAAAAGUCAAAGUGUACCAAAAUGGAAGUGCAACUAAGCCCACCAUUGCAUUGCCUGAUGAGGAGACAGAUGAUGUCUUACAAGUAUAUGGGAGCCAAAGGAAUGUCCCAAAUGGAGUUGGGAAUGAUACCUCAAAAGUCAAAGUUUACCAAAAUGGAAGUGCAACUAAGCCCACCAUUGCAUUGCCUGAUGAGGAGGCAGAUGAUGUCUUACAAGUAUAUGGGAGCCAAAGGAAUGUCCCAAAUGGAGUUGGGAAUGAUACCUCAAAAGUCAAAGUUUACCAAAAUGGAAGUGCAACUAAGUCCACCAUUGGAUUGCCUGAUGGUGUUUAUAGCAAUUGCAAUGGGAUCUACUUGUGAAGAUUGUUGCUCUGCCUUAUGUUAUGGGACCUGUUUUUUUGGUGGUCUGCUUUGGCAGGGGGGGAGGUUAGGUAGACUUUUAGGUUUGGUAUAUGUACAGUUAUUUUGGGUAUUGGUAGAUAUAGCUAUAUCUAAAACACUAGUAGGACAGAGUUGGAUCCUCCCGGUCUUUUAAACGGGAUAGCUUGUUAAAUUAACAGUUGAAUUGCAUUGAGAAGGUAUUUGCAGGGUGCUCCUUUUUUAUUCCACCUUGUUUUGGUGAAUUUUAGUGAAUCCUUGCUAUGUAUGGAUGUACGUACUCAUGCGCUUUGCACUCUGUAUACAUUGUAAACUCUGUGCAAGGGCAGCAAUUCCAUUUGAGAGAAAGCAUCCCAUUUAAAAUUGGACCA